GGAAAGAAAUUUAAAUGAAAGGCGGACAUGUUGUUAUGUGGUUGUGAUUGUUGUUGUUGUUGUUGUUGUUAUUCUUGUUAGAAACAACUAUAAUUAUUAUUAUUAUUAUUUGUUGUUACUGAGAAAGAGAGAGAGAGAGAGAGUGAAUGAAUGAGUGAGUGAGUGAGUGUGAGAGGGAAAGAGAUGAACAGAAAACAAAUAAAAAGUAACCAUGAAAAGAAUAUAUUCUUCACCUGUUUACAUUACUGAUUCAUUUGUGACAUCAAUGAUUUCUUUUGAUAAUCUAUUCACAAUAAUGAUUAACAUAAUUCUAUAGUGAUAUUGAAUUUUUUUUCUAAUCACUACGAUUAUUAUUAUUAUAAAACAUUUUUUUAACUGAUUGAUUGAUCGAUUGAUUGAUUGAUUGAUUGAAAGAUAAACAAGGUGACAAAAAUAUUUAUUAUAAUGUCAGGAAAUUAUACAUCAUCGUCAUCAUCACCAUCACCAUCAUCAUCAUUACCAUUAUCAUCAUCGUCUAAUCAAUGGAUAGGAAAUAAAUCAUUCUAUACACGUGAUAAUACUAAUUCAACCGUAUCACAUAUUAUAGAAAGUUGUAAUUAUGAACCAUUUUCUAAUUAUAACACUAGAAUAACUUCAAAAUCAUAUAGUCAUUCACAAAAUCGUUAUGAUACAUUGUGUCAUUCGAAACAACAGCAAAAUGAUGGUUUCAAUAGUAAAAUGCCAAGAAUUGUAUUAUCACCAGUACUACCACCACCCCCACCACCGCCGCCGCCGCCACCACCGCCGCCACCACCACCAUCACAGAUUCAAAAAUCAAUAAGAAAUUAUCAACCUAUUAAUGCAACAUAUUGUAUACCUAAACGAUCAUAUUCACCAUUAAUUAUUCCAAAUAAAUUAGAAAAAGAUACUUAUGAUGAAAGAGGAAAUCAUUCAUAUUAUAAAUCAAAUAUAAAACAACAAAACCUGUAUAAUCAUAUUCAAUCUAAAAAAUCAUCUAUACAAAUGAUACCAGAAACAAUAUUAUCAAUAAAUCAAUUCAAUAAAAAUCAAAUCAAUCAAUAUCGAUCACAAAUUAAUCCAUAUUUAUCAUUAUAUAGAUCAAAUAAACAAAAUGAUAAUCAAUUCAGAUCAUCAUCAUGUAAUGUAUCAAAUUCAAAAACAAUAAUAUUACCAGAGAUAUCUGAUAAUUAUAUCAUAAAUACAAAUCAUCUAGUAAAUCCACAAAGAAGAACUAAUUCACCAAUGAAAUAUAAUGUAGUUGACAAUAAUAAUAAUAAUAAUAAUAAUAAUAAUAAUAAUAAUAAUAGUAAUAAUGAACCGGAUAUUUGGAAUAUUGGUUCAUCAUCUGGAUUUGAUCAAUCUAUUUAUAUUGGGAAUUCAAAAUCUCGAACAUUUAGAUCAUCUUUAUCUCAUCAAAAAUAUAAAUUAUUCAAUAAGCCAAAACAAUUAACAACUAUAUAUCAUGAUGAUAUGAAUAUAAUCAAUUCAGAAUGUGGUAGCUUAAUUAGUACAGAUGAUGAAACUGUUUCAUUGAAUACUAUAAUAGAUAAUGAAGAGAAUAUUAAUUUAUUAAAUAAACAUUCAAAUUCAUUAAAACAAUUUCAUAUUAAUCAAUAUAAUAUAUAUGAUUCAACAAAAACCCUUGUACCAUCUUAUAAAUUACAUGAUCCAAUUAGUUCUUCAUAUAAAUCAGUACAUUGGAAUAAUAAAAGUCAAACUAAUUUAUUCAAUAAAAAUUUAAUUCCUUCAGAUUACAAAACCGAAACAAAUCUACCUUUAAAUAUUCAACCAAAUAAUAUAUCAGCUACUGUAAACUCACCUCAAUUUUCAUAUUCAUCACAAUCACCAUCACCAUCAUCAUCAUCAUCACUAUUUGAUCAACCAACUACACUGAUUAAAACAUAUGGAGAUGAUUCUGGUGAUAAAUGGACAGUUUAUUAUCGUAAUCCAAAUAUACCUAAUGUUUAUAUUGAAUCAAUAGAUGAUAAUAAAACAACUAAACUACAUGAUCUAUCUAUAUCGAAUAAAUCUAAUUUAUACCAAACUUCAUAUAAAACUCCUUUACAAUAUACAAAAGAAUCUUCUUCACAAAUUAAUAAUCAAUUAUUAACACCAUAUUCAAAAGAUGAAACACAAUUAAAACAAAUCAAUAAAAUAGUAGCCAUGGCAACUAAAACAGAUAUAUCUAAAAAGAAACGUAAAAAAUAUCAAUUUAAUUUAAUAAAACAAACUGAAUAUCUUAUUGAAGCAUUAGAAUCAUUAACAAAUUCUAUAAAAAAGAAUAAUAUCAAUCUUGAAUUAGAAUUAAAAGAUUAUGAUUUAGAAAAUAAACAAUCAUUAUAUAUGAUACAAAAUAAAGAGAUUAAUUUACAUAGAAAUUCAUCAUUCACAACAAAAUUACGUCCAAGAAGUUUAAAUACAAAAUAUGGUAUUAAUAAUCGACAUGAAUAUAAACGUAAAUCAGCUGGUUUAAAUCAUACAGAUGAAAUGAAUCAAAAUCGAAUUGAAAAAGUUGCUGUUGAAGUACGUGUAGUAUUUUUAAAAAUUGGUGAAAUAGAUACAUUGAAAGAGUUAUAUUAUGCUGAUGCAUUUCUUCAAGCAAAAUGGAGAGAACCAAAACUUGAUGGACAUACAGCUGAGGAAUUAAGUAUUACUGAAUUGGAACAAUAUUGGAAUCCUUUAUUGUAUAUUGAUAAUAUAUUAAGUGAAACAAAAGAUACUCAAUGGAUAAUGGCUGUACGAAAUGAAUAUGGUGAAGUUUAUUUAAUGGAACGUAGACGUAUUAAAGGUGUAUUUUUAGAAACUUUGGAAUUAAAUGAUUUCCCAUUAGAUGUACAGGAUUUAACUAUUACUGUGACAACAGAACGACCUGAUACAGAAGUUGAUAUUAUUCCUGAUCAAGUAGAAAUGUCUGCUAUCAAUAUACAAACAUUUGUUGAUCAACAAGAAUGGAAAUUACAUGAACAUGUAGAGAUUAAAAAACGAAUUAUUAAACAAGAAUAUUCUAGUUCAAUGAAAAGUCAUCCAUGUUUAUCAGUAACAUGUCGAGCAGCUAGACGACCUGGAUAUUUUUAUUGGAAUGUAUUUCUUAUAAUGUUCAUGAUUUCUGGUUUAGCAUUUGCUACAUUUGCUGUUUCACCAGAUAAAGCAGAACUUCGUCUACGUUUAUCAUUUACAUUAAUUUUAACCAGUGUUACAUUUAAAUAUGUGAUUACACAAAGUUUACCAAAAAUUUCAUAUUUAACUUAUAUGGAUAAAUAUGUUUUAAUGUCGUUAUUCAUUCUAUGUAUAAUCAGUAUUUGGCAUGCAGUUGUUACAUUGAUUGGUUUAGAUUUUGAUUUACCUGAUUCACCUGGAUUUGGAUCAUCUUUACCUAGCACUACUACUACUACUACUACAACUACAACUACUACGUCUUCUAAUAUUUCACCGAAUUCAAAUGUAAAUACAACAAAUCAAGGCCCUAGAUUAUAUUUUCCUAAUUAUAAUAAAUCAGAAUCAAUACAGUCUACUCCUAAUCAUUCUCAAAUGAAACUAUCAAAUCACAGGUUUUCCAAUAUAUCUUUAAUAUCAGAACAAAUGAAUAAUUCAAAUGCACUGCCUUCAUUGCAUAAUCUUUCAUCAUUAUCUCCAUUAUCUUUAUUAUCUACACCAUCUAUGCACAAUAAUCUAUUACAGAAUGAUUCCUUUACAUUAUUAUCUAAACCAGUAACACAAACACCAUUGAUAACGACAACAACUGUGAAUCAAACAUUUAACUCUUUAUUAAAAGAACAAAACAAUGGAUGUAGUCGUACUAAUCGUAUGGCAUGUUCCGAUUGGAAAAUGGUACAACAAAUAGAAAAACAUGUAUUCACAUCAUUUGUUACAAUUUAUAUAUUGGCACAUGCAAUUUUUAUAUUUUGGCUUUAUUUCGAUGCAAGUAGACGUAGACGGGAAAUGACACAGAAGGAUAAAGAUUAUAGAGCAACUAAACGACCAAUUAAUCAGAGAGAAUUUGGAUCUGGAACAUCAUUAUAA